AUGGAGAACUACUAUUGGCCGGGAGAUUACUGCUCCUGGAGCAACAGCCAGGGUGAGGCGGCCGCCGCCCUGCAGUACCAUAUGUACCACCCGGCCGCCGCCGGAAAUCCGUGGGGCCCGCCGUACGGAGGGGCGGCGGCCUCUUCUAGAAGCCACAGCGAGGCCGAGAAGAGGCGGCGGGACAGGAUCAAUGCCCAGCUCGCCACUCUUCGGAAACUCAUCCCCAAGUCCGAGAAGAUGGACAAGGCGGCCCUACUCGGACACGUGGUGGAACACGUGAGGGAACAGGGCAAGAUCGCGAAGGAGGUCAGCAAAUCCUCAACCGUCCCGGCCGAGACUGAUGAGAUCACGAUCGACCAACUAAACGACGACGUCCAGACAUCAUCAUCGAUGGACGGUCGACGCAUCUACUUUCGGGCCUCGAUUUGUUGCGGUGACCGGCCCAAAUUGUUUGCCGAGAUCGAUGGGGCCGUAAAGGGCUUGGGCCUCACCAUACACAAGGCCGACAUCACGAGCAUAGGUGGUCGGAUGAAGAGCAAUCUCGUAUUGUGCACUAAUUAUAGCGACGAUAGUAAUAACAACAAUAAUAGUAAUAAUAAUAGUGCUGGGAAAAACACGUGCCCCGAGUCAGUGAAACAGUCGAUUAAGUUGGCGUUGAGUCGUGUGGUUAUAUCGGCUGGCUCGUCUGGUUAUUCGGCCAGGAGUAAGAGGCAGAGGUUUUUCUAUCCGAAUUAUUGUUGA